AUGUCUUCUGUAAAAAGUUCAAAGCAAGAAAUAAUUUCGCAGUUUCAUUCUUCAGCUGCUGAAGGAGAUGUUGCCAGGUUAACAGUGAUCUUCAGUCAUUCCCCAUCUGUUCUCAAUGAAACAUCUGAAAAUGGUUGGACUGCUUUAAUGUAUGCUGCAAGGAAUGGGCAUCCAGAUGUUGUUCAGUUUCUUCUUGAGAAAGGGUGUGACCGAUCGAUUGUCAAUAAAUCAAAACAGACUGCAUUAGAUAUUGCUAAGUUUUGGGGUUACAAGCAUAUAGCUAACUUACUGGCUAAUGCUAAAGGUGGAAAGAAGCCGUGGUUCCUAACCAGUGAUGUGGAUGGAUGUGAAAAUUAUUUCAGCAGGACUCUACUGGAUCGGAAAAGUGAGAAAAGAACUAAUUCUGACUGGCUGCUAUCGAAACAAAGUCAUCCAACUACAGUUUAUAUCCUUUUCUCAGAUUUAAGCCCCUUGGUUACUCUAGGUGGCAAUAAAGAAAGUUUCCAACAGCCAGAAGUCAGACUUUGCCAGCUAAACUAUGCAGAUAUAAAGGAUUAUUUGCUUCAUCCAGAUAACAUCACCUUGAUUUUCCUUGGGGUAGAACUGGAAAUGAAAAGAGAGUUAUUUAACUCUGCUGGGGAAGUCCCUAGAGAGGAAGAAGAUGGGCUGGUUGCCUGGUUUGCUCUGGGUAUAGAUCCUGUUGCUGCUGAAGAAUUUAAGCAAAGACAUGAAAAUUGUUAUUUUCUUCAUCCUCCAAUGCCAGCCCUUCUUCAGCUGAAAGACAAAGAAGCAGGGGUUGUGGCUCAAGCAAGAUCCAUUCUUGCCUGGCACAGUCGAUACAAGUAUUGUCCCACCUGUGGCAGUGCCACAAAAAUUGAAGAGGGUGGUUAUAAAAGAGAGUGUCUGAAAAAGGACUGCCCGAGUCUCCAGGGAGUUCACAAUACUUCGUACCCACGAGUUGAUCCAGUAGUAAUCAUGCAAGUUAUUCAUCCAGAUGGAACCAAAUGUCUUUUAGGCAGGCAGAAAAGAUUUCCCCCGGGUAUGUUUACUUGCCUUGCUGGAUUUAUUGAACCUGGGGAGACAAUAGAAGAUGCUGUUCGGAGAGAAGUAGAAGAGGAAAGUGGAGUCAAAGUUGGCCAUGUUCAGUAUGUCUCUUGUCAGCCCUGGCCAAUGCCCUCCUCCUUAAUGAUUGGUUGCUUAGCUGUGGCAGUGUCGACAGAAAUUAAAGUUGACAAGAAUGAAAUAGAGGACGCCCGCUGGUUCACUAGAGAACAGGUUGUGAUGUUCUGCAAAGGGAAGCAGCAGGUCUUUGUGCCCCCAAGCCGAGCAAUUGCACAUCAGUUAAUCAAAGCACUGGAUUGGAAUGAAACCCAAUCUUUAAAUCAAAGGACUAAAUUGAAGACAUUUUGUGGUUCUUCAGAGUAUCUCAGCACAGAAGGUUAUAAAUGGAUUUCCAAAGUAUUUUCUAAGUGUGCCUUUCUAUCUUAACCAUAAAGUUCAUGUUUUCCAUAAAUCACAUUAACUCGUACAUUCUUCAAGCUGAGUCCCAUGCUCUGUACAUUUGUUUCAGUUGGUCACAACCUAUUUUAAUCUCACAAA